AGUCCUGAAAAUUACCAGAGUUUUCCGGCCACGAUGGAGUUUCCACCUUGUCCUCCCUCGCUAAAGUCCAUCCAGCACUUCCUGAAGUUGGCCCAGGAGCACGACACUCGAGAUGUGGUCAUAGCCUACUGGGCGAGAUUAUAUGCCCUCCAGAUUGGCCUCAAGGCCUCUACCCAAACGGGCGAGGAAACCAAAUUACUGCUGGGUAUCAUGGACUGGCUGGAACAGAUGAAGAAGCAGUAUGCUGACAACGAGGCCCUCACCAACGAGGUUGCUGCCCAGGCUCACAUCGAGAACUACGCCCUUAAACUCUUCCUGUACGCUGAUAAGCAGGAUCGCGAGGAGAACUUUGGCAAAAACGUGGUCAAGGCCUUUUACUCCAGCGGAGUUCUGUACGACAUACUCCAGACCUUCGGGGAGCUGAGCGAGGAGGCGCUGCACAACAGGAAGUACGCCAAGUGGAAGGCCGCCUACAUCCACAAUUGCCUAAAGAACGGAGAGACACCGAUUCCCGGUCCCUUGCCAGAUGACGAUGAUGAGGCGGAGCUCGAGGGGGAGAAUGCCAAUGCCUCGGCAGACACAUCGCCCGAGGAGGCAGCGGGUGGAGCUGAUCCAGCUCCUGCUCCUGCCCCCUACCAACCGGAGCCAGAGGCAGAGCCUCAAGCGCCAGCUCCCUCAUCCAGCGUGGUCCCUCCCACCGCCGAGGAGGUGCUUAACAAUCCGAACAAAUUGCCCAGUCCGCCGGUGGACGAGGAGAAACCAGGUGGCUUUGUGCCCUACGUGCCCACGGCUCAGCCCCAUCCGGCCACGGCGGCCACCAUCUACCAGCCCAUUGUGCCCGUGGCGGGAGUGCAUAUCACUCCAGACCAAAUGAUUGCCGCCCAGAAGUAUUGCAAGUACGCCGGAAGCGCCCUCAACUAUGACGACGUAAAGACGGCCAUCGAAAACCUGCAGAAGGCCCUAAAGUUGCUGAGCACUGGAUCCGAGUAGGGAGCCCACACGAUAUGUAUUUAGGCAUCACAUCCUAGGCACAGUUACAGCUUAGAGCAUCAGUAUACCCAAUAAUCUACGCUUAACACGCGCUGCUAAACGAAAGUAAAGGAACAUUCAGAUUGACUGACGUUGGAUAAUUAAUUUUAAAUAUGUAUGAGUUGUUCAAAUUUAUUAAAAUUGUUUCUAAAAGUCGUAA